AUGGCCGCCACAGCCCUCGCCGCAGCUCACGCCGUCGCCUACCUCGACGCCAAGUACCGCGUCGCCGACGACCUGCGCCUCGCGAGGGGCAUGGUCAAGGCCCGCAUCGGCCUCAAGGUCAACGACCGCAGGGACCGCAACUCGAUCUACUACGUCUUCGAGGACGCCGCCCGCAACCGCACCGACGCCGACUGCUACGUCUGCGAGGGCGUCACCCUCAGCUGGACCCAGACUCAGCUCGCCGUCAACCGCCUCGCGCACUACCUCCUCGCCCAGGGUCUGCAGCGCGGCGACACGAUCGCCCUGUACCUCCCGAACAAGCCCGCAUACCCGAUCAUCUGGCUCGCCUGCCUCGCCAUCGACGUCGUCCCGGCCUUCAUCAAUUACAACCUGACGGGCCAAGGCCUCGCGCACUGCAUCUCGGUCGCCGCCCCCAAGCUCGUCCUGUUCGAGUCGGACCUCGCGUCCGCCAUCGUCGACGUCGCGCCCUCGCUCGACCGCUCGGCCAAGCUCGUGCGGUGGGUCGACGUGUUCAGCAAGACAGCGGCCGGUGAGAAGGGCGUCGAGGGCGAGCAGGUGCUCGACGAGGCGGUGCUCGCCCAGAUGAGCAGCGAGCGCAUCCCGGACGAGCGCCGCAACGGCAUCAAGUGGAGCAGCCCGUGCUGCCUCAUCUACACGUCUGGGACGACCGGCCUGCCCAAGGCCGCCCUCACGCUCCACGGUCGCUGCGCAACUGCGUUCCAGGUCUGGACGACGCUCAACUCGUUCGGCAAGAACACGCGCAUCUACACGCCCAUGCCGCUCUACCACUCGACGGCCGCCAUCCUCGCCGUCGGCGUCGCGUGGAACGCGCGCGCGACCGUCGUCAUCGGCCGCAAGUUCUCGGCGACGACCUUCUGGAGGGACGUGCGCGAGAGCAGGGCCAACGUCGUGCAGUAUGUCGGCGAGGUCCUACGGUACCUCCUUGCUCGCCCGCCGAGCCCGGACGACAAGCGGCACGAGGUCCGCCUGGCGUACGGCAACGGGUGCAGGCCCGACGUGUGGGAGAAGUUCCGUGAGCGGUUCGGCGUGCAGACCAUCUCCGAGUUCUUCGCUUCGUCCGAGGGCAACGGCUCGCUCUUCAACCGCAACGGCAACUCGCUCGGCGCCGGCGCCGUCGGCAAGGAGGGCCUCAUCGUCAGCUCGUUCCAGCGCAACAAGCAGGUUCUGCUUCGCGUCGACCCGCUCACCGAGGAGCCGGCGCGCGGCAAGGACGGCCUCGCGAUUCGGGCCAACGUCAACGAGCCGGGCGAGCUCGUGAUCCAGAUCGACAACUCGUCGCCGUACCAAGCGUUUGCCGGGUACCACAACAACCCGUCGGCGACCGACAAGAAGAUCCUGCGGUCAGUCCUCGCCCGGGGCGACACGUACUUCCGCACGGGCGACCUCUUGCGGCGCGACGGCGACGGGCACUGGUACUUUGCCGACCGCCUCGGCGACACGUUCCGGUGGAAGAGCGAGAACGUGAGCACGGCCGACGUCGCAGAGAAGCUCGGGCAGGUCGUCGACGAGGCCAACGUGUACGGCGUGCUCGUCCCCUCGCACGAGGGCCGCGCCGGGUGCGCCGCCAUCCCGCUCUCGUCGGGCCAGCAGGUCGACUUUGCGGCGCUCGGCGCCCACGUGCAGCGCACGCUGCCCAAGUACGCUCAGCCG